AUGGAAGGCCUUGUGCGCAGUAGUGCAGCAGGACAGAUAUUCCGCUGUCUUACUAGAGGCCGGCUUCUACAGUAUCCAGAUGAACGACCGGGUUUCAAGUGCCCUACGUGUUAUGCGGAAGCGGCUGCGCCAGACUUUCUCUUCAGGGGCGAAGAAGAGAGUGAAGAAGCAUUCCAAAUUUCCAGAAGACUCUUGCUGGACCGGGCACAUACAGCGCCUGUUUCAGAAUAUUUUGAGGCUGGAGCAUCUCAAGCCGGCCUCCUGCCAUUGUCCUCUACCACACCAAUCAGAAUUCCGACCAUUGCAGAUGCGAGGAGGGUACAUACGCAAGCAGACCUUGAGCACUUAUACAAAGUUGCAACACAGAGCGAAGAAUUUGGAGACUCGAGAGACCAGCCAAUCGCACCUGUGAAGACCUUAGAUGAUACGAUCUUGGUUGACUGGUAUUCUACUAAGGAUCCCGAGAAUCCUCAAAACUGGUCUGCUGGUAAAAAGUUCCUGGUUGUGGUACAGAUUUACCUCUAUACGCUGGUAGUAUACAUGGGGUCUUCCAUUUACUCCCCUAGCACCUCAUAUGUUCAAGAGAGAUUUGGAGUGUCAGAGACGGCUGCAUCGUUGGGCCUGGCUCUCUAUGUCCUAGGAUACGGUGUUGGUCCACUGAUAUUCGCCCCUCUAAGUGAGAUUCCUAUUAUCGGUCGAAAUCCAGUGUAUAUCAUCACAUUCGGAAUCUUCGUGAUUCUCGGCAUCCCCACUGCCGUUGUUGACAAUUUCGGGGGACUAUUAGUGCUCCGUUUCCUGCAGGGCUUUUUUGGCAGUCCUUGUCUGGCCAACGGCGGAGCUAGCGUGGGAGAUAUUUUCAAUUUGAUCAAGUUGCCCUAUGGUCUGACGAUGUGGGCAGCCUUUGCAACUCUAGGUCCGGCGCUUGGACCUGUGAUCUCCGGGUUCAGUGUUCCUGUCAAAGGUUGGCGAUGGUCAUUGUGGCCAAUCGUCUGGUUUUCCGCACCAAUCUUUGUUCUUUUAUUUUUUUGCCUCCCCGAAACCUCCUCGGACGCUAUCCUUUUGAAAAGGGCCCAACGCCUGAGAAAGAAGUGUGGAAACGAUAAGCUUAUGUCUCAAUCAGAGAUAAACCAACAGAAACUUACCGUCUCCAAUGUCCUGGCCGAGGCUUUCUUCCGCCCAUUCCAAAUCACUAUCUUAGACCCGGCCAUUCUUUUUGUGAAUGUCUAUACGAGUCUCAUUUACGGCAUUUACUAUUCGUUCUUCGAAGUCUUCCCUAUUGUCUAUAUCGGGAUUUAUGGUUUUAAUCUGGGUCAAAUGGGCCUGGUCUUUCUCAGUAUUGCGGUCGCUCUCGCCAUCGCGGUGCCUCUAUACUUCUUGUACCUGUACACAAUAUUCGAACCAGAGGUUAAGAAGAAGGGCCUCUUGGCUCCUGAACGUCGGUUGAUUCCAGGUCUUUUUGCCUGCUUCCUGCCACCUAUUGGUUUGUUCCUCUUCGGCUGGACAUCUCGCAGCAGUGUUUACUGGAUGGUCUCGGUGGUGGGAAUUUUUAUAUUCACCAUUGGUAUUUUCCAGGUUAUCCAGUGCGUCUUUAUUUAUAUCCCAAUGACUUAUCCCCAAUAUGCAGCUAGUCUUUUUGCUAGCAAUGACUUCAUGAGAAGUACAUUAGCUUGUGGUGCGGUUCUAUUUUCUCGUCCACUUUUUAUUAAUCUAGGUGUCGCUCCAGGUGUCAGUUUGCUGGCUGGGUUAACCGUGGGCUGCAUUUGGGGAAUGUUUGGCCUGUAUUAUCUUGGAGCAACACUAAGGGCACGCAGCAGAUUUACUGCUAAAUAA